ACGUGUCAAUGACAUCAUGGCGGGACCCCAGAGACGGGCUCGUUUUAGCUCCUAAACUCAGUGACCUGAUUUGUGUGUUUAUUAAGGGCCAUUUUCUCCUCUCUGCGUAAACGGACUUGCCUUUACUUGCCACUGGCUCCGCCCUCCGUUAGUCAGUUCAGUACGUGUUGAGACCAGAGCCUUUAACCAGCAAGCAUCUCCGCCAAAGGAGGAGGAGGAGGAGUAGGGAGCGGGGCUUCAGCCGGCUUUUAUGUGGAGGAAUGCAACAACUUCACCCUUCAUCCGUCAGCGGAUCAGAGAGGCUGCGCUUUCUUGCUUCUGAAACAAACUGUACUUAAAAGCCACCGACAGGAGUUCAAAGAGGCGGCGGCUGUCCAAGACCAGGCUGGUAACUGUUUAAUGCAUGGUUUAAGGAUAUAAGACACUUCAUCUGGACUGAAAGGAGGUCAGCUGUCGCUGCUGCUUUCACCUCACUUUAAUGGAAUUCAUUUGGAUGCAUUCAUAACUUCAGCUUUUAACUUUAAAAAAGAAGAAUCUUGAACCUCUAGUAAGUUUGUCUGCAGUGGAAGAAUGGCGCUGAAGGCCAAAGUUCUGUAUGAUUUCCUGUCUGAGAACCCAGGAGAGAUCUCCAUUACACAGAACGAGGUGGUGACUGUGUUCACUGAGGAGGAGCUGGAGGGCUGGCUGGAGGGGGAGAACAGCAAGGGGGAGGCUGGACUGUUUCCUGCAUCGUAUGUUAUGAUCAUCAAGGACCAAGUAAUAUCCAGCCCCAACAAGAAUGGCUACUCCUCGCCUAAAAUCCAGUCGCCCUCUCACACGUCGGCCAUCCCCCACCAUGAAAAAGUACACGGACCUGCGGGUGGAGGCAACAGCCUCCACACCAGCAUGGGGAGUGACGAUGACUGGGAUGAUGACUGGGAUGACAGCUCACCUGCAAGCGAUGCUCCUCAAGGUUUGGGUAGUUCUCCACCUUUAUACCCGGUGACCACCGUCCUGCCGGGCCGCCGAAGCUCCCAGCAGCAGCAACAGGCCAAAAGCUCAGGUACGGUUGGGAAGAAUCUCAACAGGUUCUCCACCUUUGUGAAGUCUGGAGGAGAGGCUUUUUUGCUUGGUGAAGCCGCGGCUUUUGUAAAAGACGGCGAUAAGAUCUGCGUGGUGAUGGGAAAGUAUGGACCAGAGUGGCAGGAGGACCCGUAUCCAUUCACAUGCACCAUUGAUGACCCCACAAAGCAGACCAAGUUCAAGGGCAUGAAGAGCUACAUGUCUUAUGGUCUCACUCCAACUCACACCAACACACAAGUCAACCGCAGAUAUAAACACUUCGACUGGCUCUAUGCUCGGCUUGUGGAGCGCUUCCCCGUCAUCUCCGUCCCCCACCUUCCAGAGAAGCAGGCUACGGGUCGCUUCGAGGAAGACUUCCUCUCCAAAAGGAGGAAGGGUCUGAUGUGGUGGAUGAACCACAUGACCAGCCACCCGGUGCUUGCCCACUGCGACGUUUUCCAGCACUUCCUGACGUGCGGCCCAGAUGAGAAGGCCUGGAAAAUGGGAAAGAGGAAGGCAGAGAAGGACGAUCUGGUCGGGGCAAACUUCUUCCUUACAAUCAGCCCACCUGCAGUUCCUCUGGACCUUCAGGAGGUCGAGAACAAGAUCGAUGGCUUCAAGACCUUCACCAAGAAACUGGAUGACAACAUUGUGGUCAUGAAUGCGUCCAUAAAUGAGUUCGCCCGCAAGCAGGUGACCGGGUUCCAGAAGGAGUACCACAAGGUCGGGCAGUCCUUCAAACUCCUGUCGCAGGCUUUUGAGCUGGAUCAGCAGACCUACUCCGUGGGGCUCAACAGAGCAAUCGCCUACACUGGAGAGGCAUACGAGCGGAUUGGAGAUUACUUUGCAGAGCAGCCGCACCAGGACCUGGACCCUAUCUCUGACCUGUUGGACAUGUACAGAGGACACCUGGCCAAUUUCCCCGACAUCCUUCAUGUGCAGAAAGGUGCGCUAACCAAAGUGAGAGAGUGUCCGAAGCAGGAAGGGGGGCUCCAGGAACGCUGCAACAUCAUAUCUUGCGCCACAAUGGCAGAAAUCCAGCAUUUCCACCGCACACGUGUCCGAGACUUCCGCUUGCAGAUGCAGCAUCACCUCCGCCAGCAGAUCAGUUUCUUCCAGAAGAUAACCGCCAAGCUAGAAAAUGCUCUGCAGAAAUAUGACGAUGAUAAUGCAGACGCUGGACUGUGACGCAUUCAUGGACAGGAAGCGACGGCUAAGUAGGGAUUUAAACACAAUUUAUUUAUGAUUAGAUGUUCCUCUGAAGAACAUCUCCUUUUUGUGUAAGAAAAAAAAGAACUUUGACCUUUGUGAUGUGCUAGAACUUCCACUUAGCACAAAAAAUCUUAAACAUGACUUAUGAAUGGUAUGUUGAGGACCACAUGAGAACUUUCUGAAUUCCUUGAGCAGCUCUGAUGAAUGUACCAGCCACACAGACUUUGCUGACUCUCCAGACACAUCCUGCAACUCAGCAGAAGAGCGACAGAUAUGUAAAACAGCUGCUUUCAACACGCUGGAGGCUUUUCAUGAGUCAUAGUUCCAACUAAUGGAAUAACUGCAACUGCCAGCAGAGCGAUAACUGCUGGUUACGCAAACGUGUUUUGCGCUGCUGUGCUGGUCUUUAACCUCAUAUUAAAAAUGAAGAUUUAUAUUGCAAGUUUUGUAAGUACAAAGCAUUGACUGUAUAAUAGAACUGGAUCAAGUGAGCAGAAAAGGAAAUUAUGUCCAUUUCCAAUGAAAUGAAGUCGAUUCAGUUGCCAUUUUUUUUUCUUUUUUUGCGUUAUGAACAUCACCAUGUCAGAACCAGAAAUCAUCAGUAAGCAUUGACUGGUCUAAGUCAAUGUUUCUAUGGCAACCACUCUCAACAAUCAGGAGUGAGCUUGUUGGAAGGCCACGCCCCUUCCAUGUGAAAGCAGGCCCAGGAGAAUCUGUCCAUCAAACGCUUCAAACGGUCAACAUGAGACUGUGUACUUUUCUUGAGGCAUCUGAUUAGUCAGUUUAUAACUUAAAUAACUUGCAAAAGAAAAAAAAUAUUUAAAAAAUUAGGAUUAACAAGAACGUGUUAAAAAAAGAGCAAAAAUUACUGAGUUAUAGCCAUUUGACCCAUUGUGGCUUCUUGGAGCUGACAGGUACUUCCUGUUUGGCAGGAUCUCUCAGUCCAGUUCUCAUAUACAGUCAGUGGUACAAAGUCCAUUAAACCAUAGUCUUAUAUCAGCACCUUCUAGACGAUGAUGAAUUCGUACUGUAUUUUACAAGAACAUGUCGGCACCAGCACUCGGCCAACACAGACACCAGCAUUGAUUUAAUGCCGGCUUUGCCUGCAGGGAAGGUUGCAUUCCUGCUUCCAUUGCCUCCACGUCCUCCAUCAGGGUGUUUUUUGAACAUAGCAGGAACAAGGACAGGAAAUUCCCUUCACCACCAAAAUGUCUUAAUGAUUACAGGAUGAGGUUAUAUGAGUUGGCGUCUUUUCUUAUGUUUUUUUUUCUUCUUUUACUUAAAUGACCUUCACAGUAUUGUAUUUUAACAGAUUUGCACGGUGGAACUGCUAAAGGGGACGUUCACGUUUGGGUUGUCAGGCUUUCACUGCGAUAUAAAAUCCUGGAUUUCCGCUGACUCAAGAGUUUCUUCUUUGCUAAUUGUGUCAGUAAAACGGGAGCUUGACGUCUGCCUCGUCGUGAGGUCAAAUGUCAAGCUUCGCAGAUCACUAGUUUUAGAAUGUCUGAGCUUCUUUUAGUGUCUAUAAUUAAAGCUGGAACCAUCCUGGUUUCAAAGCAGUAGUUUCACUGACCCGCCCUGAUAACCUGAUGAAAAAAUAAACAACUUAGACGUG